GACCAGAGAACGUGGAACGGCCGCCUAUGAUGAUAUAUAGAGUAGACGACUUAUGGUUAAACCGCGCUGGGAAGUGGCCCAGAUUAUAGAGACUUUGCCGUAUCAAGUCGUGCAGCGCUUUAGCCGAUAUCAGGGUGGCCGAUUAAGCGCUUAAGACUUUUUAAUACUUUCGCCAGGCCGAUCUGGCGUCUCGCUGUCUUCGGUGGCGCCGAUUUGUAAGAUAUUAACGAGAUUAGCGUCGGACGCGUAUCGGACAGUUUUUGUUUGACGGACGUACGUGCGACGGGCAGAUCCCCGGUUUGUUUGUGGGGAUUUCGCGCGGAGGUUUCUGUGUCUGUGAUAAAUUCUGUGAUCUCUAGGCAGGACGUACAGGAGGAUUUUUUUUUGACAGAUGGUAUGAGGACCCAAACAAGCUCAACCUAAUCUGCGUUUCUCAAGAAGCCCUAAACUCAAGCAAAACUCAACAUAAUGGAACGAAUGGAAUCAUUGUCCGACUCUGGACUGUGCCUCCAAGACUUGGUAACAGGCGUGACGACGAGCUCAGCCUCCGACCUGCACCACAGUGGCGUGCACCACCUCCACGACUCGGUCAGCUCAGCGGCGUCCGUUAACUCUGCCCUAUCUGGCAUCAUGUCAGGGGGUACCUCGGUUUUAGGUCACCACCUGGACCACCAUCAUGGCGUUGUUCCCCACACGCCGUCACUGCACUCCCACGAGCCACUGGAGAAGCUGAAACGUGUUUGGGCAGAAACUGGAGAUUUCAGAGAUGCACACUCUGGAGGCAUGUCAGGUAGCACAGGAUCCAAUUCUUUAGAUCAUCCUCAGCUACCCUUCAGCACAGCAUCAGCUAGAAGUAGGACGAGAGAUAGAAAAGUGAGCCGUUCACUCUCCGACCCCAUAAAGACAGAGUCGGGGGUGGGAGUCGAAAACAACGACUGCACCGGAAACGACGGCGACGCCGGCAAAAACGACAAGAAGAGCAAGAGGCAACGUCGCCAGAGGACGCACUUCACGUCCCAGCAACUGCAGGAGCUCGAGGCUACCUUUGCCAGAAACCGAUACCCAGAUAUGAGCACCAGGGAGGAAAUUGCCAUGUGGACGAAUCUCACCGAGGCCAGAGUCAGGGUUUGGUUCAAAAACAGACGCGCAAAGUGGCGCAAGCGCGAACGCAACGCAAUGAACGCCAUGAACGCAGCCGCCGAGUUCAAGACCGCAGGAUUCGGCACCCAGUUCAACGGCCUGAUGCCCACCUUCGGCGAUACUGACAUCUACUCCUCCUACAGCUACAACAACUGGGCCACCAAGGUGCCCAGCCCUCUAGGCACCAAACCCUUCUGGCCAGUGGUACCGACCAACCACCACCAGUCGACAGUCAACUGUUUCAACGCGGCCACCUCCGUCGCCGCCUCCAUGUCUGGAGCCGCUGGUUCGAUGCUGCCAGGAGGCAUGGGUGGAUCUCCAGCUUCAGUAUCUGGCCAACCAUGCCCCUACACCACCCCAACAACCCCCUACAGCAUGUACCACCACAGAGCAGCGACAGAACCUUGCUCCGCUUCCAGCAUAGCUUCGUUACGGCUCAAGGCCAAGCAACACACGGGAUUCGUCGGCUACUCGAGCCUCAGUCCAGUUCGAUCAGGUUCGACCGGCCUGUCUGCAUGCCAGUACGCGUCCGGCGGCAUAGGAGUGGGGGAGAGACCCGGCUGAGAUCAGGCCGACCUCCUGGCGAUCCACAUGAAACAGGAGAGCCAGGACGAUUGAUGGUUCCUAGACCGCUAGGAUCGUUGUUGGUGAUUCAGUGCGAUUCGGGGACGUACCACGGUGAAAUUGUUGUUUUUAUUUUGUUAGAAAGUGAGAUGAAUACUCAAACGGAGAAGUGUGGACUACUUUGGUAAAUUGUUUAUGGUAUCUGGUUGUAACGCUUGUUUUAAGUCUUUUUUUGAACGUUUUUUUUUACUGCACUGGAUGAGAAGUGGUGUGAUCUAAUACUGUACACUUGUUGGUAUGUCUAACCUGAAUUUCAUGAAGUUCGUUUCAUAAUCAUCCAAAAUUGUAUGUGGUUUGGUUGGCACUAAAUCUUACAAAACAGGUUCCUUUUAGUUUUAGGCUUUUUUACUGUGUCCAUUUGCCUCUUCACGCAGAGCGAUGUUGAUUAUUCACCUAACCUAACCUAACACAAAUUCCAGAGACAUCCCAAGAUGUCUCUGGAAUUUGGCUUUGAUGCACAUUUAAUAAGUUUCCUGUUGGCUGAACAAUCAAGCAUGAAGAGGCAAUGGGAUACAGUAACAAAGCCUCAAACCACAACCGGUUCUUCUAACAUUCCUAACAGCUUUUUAGAGGCCUCACUGAAGCCUUCGAUAGAAGGAAUUGAAACUUUUAAAACUAUUCAAUCAGGGUCAGUACAAGCAGAAUUGUUUUAUUUUGUCGAUAUUGGAUGAAAAUUCUUAUUGAAUAGGCUUUAUUUAAAAAAUCUACCAACAUAUUUUAUAACCUAACCUAACCUAUUUCUAACCUAACAAGACAAAUGUCAAAAAAUUUAAGACAGUUCACGAAAGACUUACCAACAUCUCAUUACGUUUCUUCCAGUGCAGCAUAUAACUUUUGUACAUAGAUCUUUUCUUAUUUCUCGAUCUCUUGAAAAGCACAAACUGGGUUCUUCUAUAUUUCAAAAGAGAUUAAAAGCAGGGAGGAUCGAGGUGAAUUCAGAGAACCUAAUUUAAUUUUUUCGAUGACACCGCUCAAAUUCCUGCAAUAUUAAUUAAAAUUUGAAACUUCCAAUGGGGACAGGUCAACCAACCAGAACCGCAAAAAUCCCCUAAAUUGAACAGGGAAAUGAAUGGCUGCAAUUUAUAGAUUCCAUCGGAAGGUAAUUAACUUCGUUGGAUAAUUGAAAAAUUAAUUAAUUAGAGAACUGACAACGUUGAUUUUAGGGGUGGGGGAAGGAAGUUUCAUAUUUGUGUAUAAAAUGUGUAUCAUCUGCAGUUUUGUAGAUAUCUUGUAAAUAUCACGAGGUUCUAAGUGUUAAAUUGUAGAUCAAUAUGUAGUUGGAGAAAUUCUUGAAUCUUCUGGUAUGAAAUUGCUCAUUCAUUUAGUUGUUGUUGAGGAUUCACAGUUAUUGGACAAUACAAUCCUAAGAAAUCAAUUCGGAUUAAGACUGAAUUUCAAUUUUCUUUCAAUAAACGAAAAUUGCAUUAUUCAAACUCGAGAUUUUUUUUCGAUUAUUCGAAGUAUUUUAAAGGGCAGAGUCGCUAUAUUUAUCGAUUUUUUUUGUACCUGAAAACGCUAAUUUCUAAGUCCAAAGAUACGCCAAAUAUUCUGAGAUUGUGCCAAUGUGAAACCGAUGGAGAAUAGAAAAUUACCGAGAAUUGUGAAACAAAGAACAAUUCAAUAAAGCUACUUCAGUGAUCAACAUUCACGUUUUUUGCUCAAUUUAUGAACACACAUGUCGCAAUUCUUCUAAUCUCUAUUUUCCAUUGGUUGGCAAAAAACAAGGCUACUACGUGCAAUGUAAUAAAGUAAAUAUAAUUGUUAUAUAAUGAUGAUAAUGGAGAUAAGAUUGAAUGAAUGAGACUUAAAAGUAUUUAAUCUUCUGUAAUAUACCUGAAUAGAUUGUAUAGUGUUGCCCAAAAAGUCACUACCUAAAUAUAGUAUUUAAUAUUAAACAUAAACUUCGACUAUAUCCUGUGCAUAUCGUUUGUAACUGUUCAGAAAUUUGCAGUCUAGUCAGAAUAAAUAAGAUCAGUCUUCAAUA